GCAUUGUUUCAAUGCCACCCCCUCUCUCUCUUGAAUCAAACGUUAUACUUUUGAUCCCGACCACGGUGGAGAAGAAGAGGGAGGGCUAUAUACUCUUUGACACUGAGCAAAAAAUAAUUCACCGAGUCUGCCUACCAAAGAAUAAACAGCACAGAAAAAUGUUGGCCUGUGAUCUCCUGCUAGCUGUGAUUGCCUUCUCCAGCUUAAUUCCUGCUGUUGCCUCAAGCCAUCAGGAUAUCCAAAAGCAGUUUGCUGUGGAUGUGAUGAAGAUCCUCAGAGAGAAUAUAGUCAGCCCUGUGGUAUCAGGGGAGCAGAACAUUGAACAUGAUGUCAAGGUUGAGAUUGAAAAAUUGAAUGUGUUUAAUGGUGCCGAGUUUGGAGACGCUUGUUCUUGCCUGAACUACACAUGUGGAUGUUGCCUUCACCUUGAGGCUGAGAAAAUUUCCCUGAACAAUACAGGCUGUAUCAACAUCACAUACCUGCCUGACGAGUACGGCUUUGAAUUUACAUUUUCUCUUGACGGCAAGAUUCUAGUGGACAGGAAAAUUUCUGUAAAGAAUCCACCCCCCAUCUGUGCUGCUAUUCCCUACGUCCACAACUUGGCCAGCCUGUGCAUCAGGUUCUACAACCUGGACUACAAGGACAGCAAGUUCUACGGCUGCACUGCCAUUGAGGCAGAGCUGGAGGGAAUUGUGGUCAAGACCUUUGACCUGGGAUGUUUCCAGAUCCCUCCUGGCAAGAAAAUCAGUGUCCACUAAAUCUGUACGAACAUGGUUGAGAGGUGUUAGGAAAUGGUUAAUUUUUUUUAACACAGAUCUUCUUUAUUAAUUGCGGAUUCAAGUUUUUUAACUAAUGAUAUUCUUUUUGUUAGUUAGGGUAUAGUGAAUCCAGUUUUUAUAAAAUGAGAUCUGUUGAUGGAAAUUUCUUAAAAAAGCAACAACCCACUAUUGAAAAUGUAUUGUGUCCAAAAAUAAGGUUGUUUUGGUCUGACAACUGGUUUUAAAGGUGAUCGCUUUUAGUAAAUUUAAACAAAAGUUUUACAAAUAUUCAUAAAUUCUCAUCAAUUCGACAAAUUUAAUUGUUAAUCUAGCUAGAUAUAUCUUGUUUUCUAUUUGGUAUUUUAAUUAGCUUAAUACGAUCUGCAAAAAUAAUUUGUUGAAUGGUAUUGUAAUUGCAAUGUUUGAAUGUGCUUUGCCAAUUUUUAACAUAAAACAAAAACCUUGUUUCUGUUUUCAAAAAUUUUGAAAUUCUGUAAAGUGAUUUGCCAGUAGUCUUGAGCUGAUUAUUAAUAGAAAAAUAUUAUUUAAAUUCUCAUUUGUUGCCUAGUGGAUUUGGCUAUCUUUAGUGCACAUUUCAUAUCUGAUUAAAUUUUGUCCAUAAGGUACUUACCCGAAAAUGUAAACACUGCCAAAUUGACAUAACAUGCUGGCCUUGACUGAACUUUUUUUGAUCUGGUAGAAGGAAAAAAUCUGGUAUGAUGAGUUUUUCCUAUUUGACUCAUCCUAUUCACCAUCUGUUUCCUAGAAAACCUAUGCCUUGAUCAAUAACAAAACAAUUUUGUUUGGUAUAGCCAUUAAGUUGUAGUGUUUAAAUUUAUGUAAAGAUAAUUGCUUUACAGUACAACACAAAAAGUUUUGGUCAACAUUUUGAGUGCAUCUCUGAUGUAUUAUUGUCUUUCACGAGUCAUGUUUACAUGUAUUGAUCAUUAUAUUUCUUGUAUACAAGUUUUUUUUGUAUUACAACAUUAUUCAAUGCUGUAAAAAAAUUUUCUACUUUAAUAUUGUAGCUAAAAUGCUUCAUUUUUUUUAAGAACUAUUUUUUUUUUAAAAUUAGUGUUUUGGUUAUUGGAUAAUCAUUGUCCUUUAGUUACACCUUUUUUUAAAUAACGGAUCAAAAUGUUUCUUAGUUAUGCAAAUGUAUAUUGUAUGGUAAGAAUUAAAACAUGCUAACUUAACUAUUUUACAACUUUCAUUUGAAUGUUUAUUAUUUCUGUCUCUAAAUCCUACUUUUGCUGUACAGCUUUGAACUGAAUGUACAAUUGCUAUUUUUGCCUCUAGUUCCUACUUACUAUACAGCUUUGAACUGAAUGUACAAUUGCUAUUUGUACCUCUAGUUGCUACUUACUGUACAGCUUUGAACUGAAUGUACAGUUGCUAUUUGUGCCUCUAGUUGCUACUUACUGUACAGCUUUGAACUGAAUGUACAAUUGCUAUUUGUGCCUCUAGUUGCUACUUACUGUACAGCUUUGAACUGAAUGUACAAUUGCUAUUUCUGCCUCUGUGAUCUUUUCGGUGUAAUGGGGGGUCAUGGGGUUUGGAGGUAGAGCAAAUGACAGCUCACCUGCAAGUCUCUACUCUGAUUAUUUAAAUUUGUGGGAACCCUUUGAGUCAAACCAAAUCUCUGCAUGGCACUAGCUAGGGGAAAGCUAACUCAGAUGGGUAUAGAACAUGUAAACUCUACUUUAUCUGCCAUACUGACCAUCGGAUUGAAGAGAGUAGCCUUACUAUCUUUAUCUUUGCUUAAGUUGCUCAAGAUAAAUGGUGUUUAUCUAUUCUAUAAAGAAAUCUAUUCUUCAAUUCCUAUAUUCUAUUAUAAAAAUAUUUUCCUAAAAAAUACUUUGUGAUUGUUGAAGUGGUGAAAACACCAUCUAGUCAUAUUACACAUUUUGGUGAUUUAGUCAGAGCAGUGUGCCAGUCUUACUAUUUUAUUUAUGCCUAAAACAUCUAUAAUAAGACAUUCCAUCUACACUUUCCUCUGCAGAGGCGUAGCGAACCUUCCCGGCGCCCGGGUACAAACUUUCGAUUUGCACCGCCCCCCUCAAACUUUCGAUUAACACCUCCCCCCCCCCCCCUCGACUUUUGAUUUGCACCCCCCCUCAAGCUUUCAAUUUGUUUUUCCAACCCAUUUUGGCGCCCCCCCCCUAAGGUCGGAGCCCGGGGACAUACUUUCCCCCCCCCCCCCUCGCUACGCCUCUGUUCCUCUGUCAGCAUUUUGGGUGCUGUCCAAUGUCUUUUUUUACUGUAGUGAGUUGGACAACACAAAUGACAUGAUAUAUUGAAGCAGAGAUUAUUUUACAUUAUUAGAUAGCAAAAGUCAGGAAGAGUCUUAGGGAGCAUAAAAAUAUGUAUAACAAUAAAAUUCUUUAACAGUU